ACCAAACACACUCGAUCCGUUUCCUUUCUGCAGCUGCAUCUCUUUCAUUCCGUCUAGCAUCCUGACCUUCUUCCCAAGUAAUACCCACGUGCCCAUAUACUGGCGUCCCCAGUGAUUGUCUCGGAUCGGCCUCAUUAUGUGUGGGUGAGAUAAUUGAUGAGCAGUCCCUCCCUCAGAGAGCGGAGGUGUACUUAGAGCCACUGAAAUAGGGCACGCACGGGAGUCCACUCAUUUGGUCCGAGCAGACUACAAGCGCACUCGGUCUCACCUGUUGGAGCUCAGCUGUUUCUCAACGUGUUCUCUACACCACUCCGCUCUCUCACUCUCUCGGCACGAUGGACAGCGCUGCUGCUUUUCUCCAAGUGUGGGGUUUGUUCGAUCCAAACGAUCAUGGCUACAUCGAAGGAAAGCACAUGGACGAGUUUUUCCGGCACAUUGUGAAGAAAUUAGGGAUGACAGACAAGCUGAUAGAGGACAGACUGCAGCGACUCAGAGACACGAGCGCAGAAGGCCGUCUACAAAUCCAUCAGGUGGCCAGCAUCGUCCUGCCGGAGGAGGAGAACUUCCUGCUGCUGUUCCGCAGGGAGACGCCGCUGGACAACAGUGUGGAGUUCAUGAGGAUCUGGAGACGCUACGAUGCUGACAGCAGUGGAUUCAUAUCAGCGGCGGAACUGAAGAGUUUCCUUGAAGAUCUGCUCGAGCAGCACAACAAGAGCAUCACGCCAGACAAACUGGAGCUGUACACCAAGACCAUCAUGAAGAUGUUUGACAAAAACCAAGAUGGCCACCUGGAUUUAAAUGAUCUGGCCAGGAUUCUGUCCUUAAAGGAGAACUUUCUGCUGAAGUUCGAGAUGGAUGCCUGCAGUCAAAAGGACAGAGCGAGAGAUUUCGAGAAAAUCUUUGCCCACUAUGAUGUGAGUAAAACAGGAGCCCUGGAAGGACCAGAAGUGGAUGGAUUCGUCAAAGACAUGAUGGAGCUGGUCAAGCCCAACCUGAGCGGCACAGACUUGGACAGGUUCAAACAGGCCCUGCUCAGCCACUGUGACGUCAACAGAGACGGAAAGAUCCAGAAGAACGAGCUGGCGCUGUGUCUGGGGCUGAAGCUCGCUCCCUGAAGCCCGGCACUCAGAGCGACCCCCUUACCUACGCACAUACACACACUCACAGGCUACUUGCUAAUGCUAACACCUUCCAUAUGACAUUUCAAGCAAUAAUGCAUGAGAACUAAACACUGCAUUCAAUGCUCAUUUAAAUCUUAUUAACUUGAAAACCUUAUGUAGUCUGUUCGGUGUUUACUUAGAAAAAGCUCUCGACUUAGACGUAUGCGGUGUACUUUACUGAUUUACUGAUAAAUAGAUAAAUGUGAAUUUGUGUUACACAGAAAAAAGGUGUACUGCUUUUUCAAUGUAGCUCUCAGUUAUUUAGACAGCAAUAAAACACACAGAUGGGUUCAAAGUGUCUUCAACUUAAAAUCAGUUGCCUUUAAAGUUAAUACUGAGAGAACGUUUAAAAGAACAUUGUUAGAAUGUUCCUGUAAGAACGUUCGGUUGUAAUGUUCUGAAAAUACCGCGCUAAU